CGGGUGUGGAUCCUUGAAGUUGCGCGUCGAUUGACGUUCCCAGAUGACACGGCGUUGCAAGCAAGCUCGCACAUCGUGUUGGAAGUCCUCUCUCCUGACGUGCAUUCUCUUCCUCCUGAUCCCACAAGCUGACUAGCGCCCGCGAGCUUUCCGCUCAACAUGCAGUUUCUCUGGCUUUGUCCGCAGGCCACAGUAUCGGCUUUAACCUGGAGAGGUUGGUCGAUGGCGGUGGGCGAGAGGCAGGACUGAUACUUUUCAGUGCGGGGAGCCCGCUAAUCGCGAUUGUCGCGAUGAGCUGGCCAAUAGAACGCAUGCGAGCCACCCAGCAGUUCUAUUGAGUACUGCUUCAUGCGGUGCUCGCUGGCCGUUUGGGUGUCAGCUCACAGUUAGUUGCAGCUGCGCUGGUCGGUGGGGCAUCGACGCAGCACGAGUUGGGCUAGCAUGCGCAGCUGGGCAAGCACCGUGCGCGCGCGCGGGGCGUGCUUCGCUAGGCAAAACCAUGUGUUGAGGACAGUGACGCGUGUUUGGACUGUGCGUGGGGCGUCAUCGAUUUAUGCGGGAACUGACUCGCCCCAUACUAUGAGUUGAGCUCACCCGCUAUGGAUCUUGCUGCAGCCAGGUAUCCACGUCUCGACCAGCAACACAGCGACGGAGUGGCCUCCGAUCGUGGAGGCCGUGAAGCCGAACUCGCAGGCCGAGCGACUGGGCCUUCCCACAGGCUGGUUCAUCAAGAAGAUCGGCAACUGGACCGUGCCGCUCGCGGAGACGCCCGGCACGCGGAACUACAUCCCCACG